GCGGAGCUGAAGGGUGCAGGGUGGAGUUCUCGUAUUUGCGUUGGGAAAUGGGCUGUGCAGCGGUGGGGCUCUCCUGGCUCUGGCAGCUGAAAGGGUGUCGUGGGCUUAGGGGCUGAGAGAAGCCGCGGCGGGUGCUCACUGGUGGACCCUCGGCUGGAGGAUAUUGCUUAACUUUAGCCAGCACCCAGCUUUGCCGUGAAACGCAACAACUGUGACUUUUAAACCUUUGCAUGUAGAUCUGGUUAGCAUAAGUUUUUCGACUUGCUAUAUAUGUUUCCUACAAGAUACAGCGCUUGCAAGUUGAUGACGCUGUAUUACGGAAGAAGCUUUCCAGAUCUGUCUGGGAUUUUGAAGUGUUUGAGCAACUUGCUAGAGCCCAAGUCAUGACACUCCCAUUUCGAAAGGACUUGGACAAGUACAAAGAUCUCGAUGAGGAUGAAAUUCUUGGCAAACUUUCGGAAGAAGAACUGAAACAACUGGAAACUGUUUUGGAUGACCUUGAUCCUGAGAAUGCACUUCUGCCUGCAGGCUUCCGACAGAAAGACCAGACUGCUAAAAAGGCUUCAGGUCCCUUCGACAGGGAACGACUCCUUGCAUAUUUAGAGAAGCAGGCUCUUGAACACAAAGACAGGGAAGACUAUGUGCCUUUUACAAGAGAAAAGAAAGGGAAAAUAUUUAUCCCCAAGCAAAAGGCUGUACAGUCUUACACAGAAGAAAAAUUCUCUCUUGAUCCAGAGCUGGAGGAGGCCUUGACCAGUGCCACAGACACAGAAUUAGGUGACCUUGCAGCUAUACUGGGAAUGUCCAACUUGAUAACAAAUAAUCAGUUCUGUGACGUAGUAGGAAGCAGUAAUGGGAUUGACAAGGACAGCUUCUCAAAUAUAGUAAAAGGUGAAAAAAUGUUGCCUGUUUUUGAUGAACCACCAAAUCCCACAAAUGUGGAGGAGACACUGCAGAGGAUUAAAGAUAAUGAUUCUCGUCUUGUUGAAGUUAAUCUAAAUAACAUUAAGAACAUACCAAUUCCAAUGCUGAAAGAAUUUGCAAAAGCUUUAGAAACCAACACGCAUGUGAAGAAUUUUAGCCUUGCAGCCACCCGAAGCAAUGAUCCUGUUGCUGUUGCCCUUGCAGAUAUGCUGAGAGUAAACACAAAAUUAAAAAGUUUAAAUAUAGAAUCAAACUUCAUCACUGGAGUUGGAAUUUUGGCACUGGUUGAUGCACUCAAAGACAAUGAAACAUUGACAGAGAUCAAAAUUGAUAAUCAGAGGCAGCAGCUGGGCACGAUUGCAGAAGUAGAAAUUGCCAAGAUGCUUGAAGAAAACACCAAGAUCCUUAAAUUUGGAUACCAUUUCACACAACAGGGGCCUCGAGCCAGGGCAGCUGCAGCAAUCACAAAAAAUAAUGAUUUGGUUCGCAAGAGAAGGGUUGAAGGAGACAACUAGCAGAUCUUGUCAAAAACGUGUGGAGGUUUCAAGGGUUGUAAAGGCAUGCUCAUCACCGUGGGCUUUGGCAAUCCUGGACUACAUUUACCUGGGUUAGAAGGGAAAAGACUGGAAACCCCAUUCCUUUUAAAGCAAAGCUAUAUUAAUCAUCUGUUGGUAUGCGUCACGUUUUUCAGAUUGAGACCCAGUAACUGCACCAGUCUCUGUACCAUAGUUUUCGAUUGGUUUCUUGAAGAACUUUCUUAUAUUUCAAGACUUUGGCUGUUCUUUCUACUAAAAAUAUAAUUGCAAAUCAAUGGUAUCAUUGUCUAUAGUCAAAGAAUGGGACAUUCAGGAUGAUUGGGCAGAUAAUGACCCAACUGAAAUGUUUGUUAGAAAAUCUGGGGGUGCUUAUUUACAUGGAGGGGUGUGUAUAUUGAAAACUAUUUGUUAGCAAUAAGGGAUUCUUCACACAACACUUGGACUCGUGUAGAGCUGUUCAGCCUUGUUCAUAUGCACUGAAGAGAAAUCUUUCACAGCAGUCUUAUUUGUAGUUUUACUUUAAAAAAAAAUUGUAUUAGUUCUUGAUACUGUGAUUAUGUUAAGACAUGCUAUUAAACCAAACAAAAAUAAAUUGGUCAAGGACUUCUGCCAAGAGUUUUGAGGAACUAACAAAAAUACAGAAGCCUUUAAAAAGAAAAAAAAGUAGGAGUCUUGCAAAAUGCUGUUUUUUGUCUUACACUUAAAUCCUUAAAAGUCUUUUUCAAAGAGUCCCAAAAUGAUAUCUUGCUCUGUAUCUAAUCUGGAUGUUUUUAGAGGGAUUUCACCAGCUGUUCAUCAGCAUUAUUUAGUUUAUAUUCUUUGUUUUAAAAAACCUUAUCUACAUUGUUAAAGAACAAUUUCUUUAGAAGUAGUGGACAUCCAUUUUUAAAAUUCUGCAUAAUUCAGUACAGGAAAAGCAGCCUUAAGUGUAAAACCACUGUCCUAAUUUGAUGGCAAAUAGAAAAAUCCUCUUUUUUUUUUUAAGCUGUUGCAUUAAGCUAUUAGUACUUCACAUAAAUCUGUCAUAUUUUUAAUAAAGCAACAAAGUUACAUUUCUAAAGAAAGGAUUUUUCUAUUCUACUUAUGUCUUCAGGUUGAAACACUACAUGAAACAUGCAGAAAUUGACCAAUAUGCAGUGUCAAAUCUGAAUGGCAUAGUAAUUGUCAAAGUAUUUAAAGUUCUAUAAGCAAACUAAUAAGGCAACAAGAAUCACUUCAACUUCUGUACAUAAUCACAGUAGACUUCUCUGAAAUAAUAGGAAAAAUUAGAGGCUUUUUGGAGUAGGUCUGUUUGGACUGUAUGAGUGUGCAGUGUUGUCAUGAGAUCAUAAACUCAUAAAAAUGUUCUAAACCACUGCUUGGCUGUGUUUAUAGAACUGACAACUUCAUCAAAGAAUCAUAAUAUGGUGAGCGUUUUAUGUAUAGGAAGCAUUGGACAGAUUUUUGUAUCAACAUUGUAUUUUUAUAGUAUUACAAAAAUGUGACAGAGCAACUCUCUGGUCAGGUUAUAAUUUGCUGCAAAUCUUGUUUUGGAUCUUUAAAGACAGAUUUUAUUCUGGAGGUGACUUUGAGUUUUACUGCAACUGUACAGAGAAUUUUUAACUAUAGUGCUUUUAGUAAGAAUGUAUAUAACUGGUUUAUACUUGUGGAAGAACAUUUUCUUUUUUGCUAUUUCAAAAUCAGCCUUCUAUUUUAAUUACAAAUAAAUGUGUGCUCUGAAAAGCAAGUCCGAAUUAAUUCUGUUAAAACCAAAGACUAUACAUCUGUAACUAUAUACUGUAUACUAUAUAACUGUAGCAAAAAAAGGAUUCUUUUGGUUUUGACUUUUAUAAGUUUUCAAGAACCUUUUAGAUUUUUGAAAUCUGAGUUCUUAUAUAAUAUGCAUAAGGUCACAGUGAAGUGGCUUUUUACAGACAGUGCUGUACAAACAUGGCCAAAGCAUGUCACGUGCUGAGUUGCCUAAAGCUGUACUUUACUCUUUAUUUGCUAGGCAUCAUAAUCAUUUUGUGUCAAAAAACAGGCUGUAAUGUCCUCCUUCAUUUGUUGAAGGGCUGCACGCUCAUGGAAUCUGUUCAUGUAUUAUGUUUCUAUGAUUUAUUUUAUCAUUAUUUAACACAAUUAGGCAGUUACCUCCUACUUGAAGAUGGAGAAAAAUGAAAGGCUGGAUUAUAGACAUGAUAGCCCAAAUCCCUUUUGUACUUUAUUAAAUCAAGUCUAGCUACUUAAUGAUUUAUAUUCCAAUCAAAGGCUGGGGAUGUUAAGCUGCAUCUCUCAGGUGUCCUGUCACAGUGAAUAGUAGCAGAUCUUAAGAAUUGGUUUAGCUCUGUAGACAGCAACUAAAUAGUUGACUGCUUGUUGGCACUUUCAAGACAAGUACCUGACAGGCUAGGCAUAGAGACAUAUAUUUAGUGGGGCGUUUCAACCAAAAGAGUUUGGCCCUCUCAAUGGCUGGAAGACAUCUGGCAUGGGGCACGUGACAGUUGCAACUCUCACUAUUGUGCCUGCUGUGUGUAUCCUUUUUAGAAUAAAUGAAGUAAUUCAGUCUGUAGUCAGGGCUUAUAAAUGGUCUCAACAAGCAAAGUGAAUGCUCUGAUGUAGUGCUACUAAGUGUAGUGAGAUCUUGUGUAUGACUUCAUUAUUUCUUGAGUGCAAAAGCUACUUGGAUAGGCAGCAACCAUAAAGGUUUGGGUUUUUUUUUUUUUCCAAAAGAGGUGAUGCAGAUUUUUCUUCUUGAUUUAUAUUUUGGGCAUAAUGCAGAAGUCAAAUGACUCCGUAUGUUGAUUCUGUUGGUUCCAAGCUAAACGUGGAAACAUAGCCUAUAUUCCAAAGCAAUUCUCUAUUCACUGUUGUAUUUUUUAAAAAUAAUAUCAUUCUCUCCACAGCUUGAGUAAUACUGUUUGUGAGCUACAAACGAGCAAGUGUUCAAUUUAAAUUUCCACUGAGGAAACGUGAAUUGAGAAUUUUUGCUUAUCAGCACUAUAUGCUGUCAGAUUGUAAACCAGUAAAAGUUUUUGAUUAUUAAAGUACUGUAUUCUUCUUGUG